AUGGAAUUCCGGUACCAGAUUCUCAGAAAUUUUGAUGCCGAAAGUUUAUCAAAUAAACUGUAUAGUUCGUUGUAUGGAGCUGUUGGUGACGUCGAUGUUUUGAUGCUCAUGGGAAAAUGGUUCACGGUGAUUGAUUCACCACGAGGGGGUCGUCUUGAUCGAUGUACUGUCGCAUUCUAUGAAUUACUGCAAAAAGGAUUUCAUACGGCAACAUUCAGUGUAAAACAGUAUUCAAUUACCAAUGAUGAACUGUUAUCAACUGUCGGUUAUGGCAGAAAAUAUGGCAAUGAAGCUGGCGAACUAUUAAUUAAUACCGGCAAACAAAAUGAUCCAUGUCCAUACUCAAUUGUUCGGACGGGACCAAUAAAUACGAAUAACCAAUAUGACUAUGUGAUACUAUCACAACCACUAAAAUAUCCAACUGUUGUACUCGCCAGAGAUCCGUUAAAAUUUGAGAAGCUUUAUCAAGCUGAGGUAAAAGAAUUCUUGAUUACCAAUUUGUACUGGAAACCGGUGGUGACAUUUGGAGGAGAACUGUUCAUAGUGAAUGCUACAAGUUGUAUUUUAUCAAAUAAAUAUUAUUACCUUGGCAUUUAA